AUGCAACAAUGUCAUAACCCACUAGAACCGUCUCCUCAAUCACUGCAACAUAGAGCGCGUAUCGCUCAGCUCAUUUCGCCCUUACGACGCGUCAAACCCAGGGUACCGUUCUGGCAACUCGCCGCGCAUCGAAUACCGACGCUUUGGGGGUUGUAUAGAGGGUUGAGAAAAUAUGCUGACGAUAAACAGAUUCGAUGGAGGAUAAGGAAGCUAUUCGAGAAACACCGACACCAGACUGGGUCACAGAAGACGAUAGAGUGUUUGAAACAGGGCUAUAAAUGGUUAGAAACGUUCAAACGGGCGUCUCAAGGCGACACCAAACUCAAGGAGGUCCUUACGCGCUACAGCCGGUUAAUCGAGGCAAAACGGGAGAAGGAGCACUGGAAGCAGGUGUUGCGCGAAGAAGUGGAAUGGUUAGAGCGCCUCCGAACGAAACCGAUUCUCACCGGCUCGAUCCAACGCGCCUCGCGCGACAACCGACCCCUCCCCCGCCUCUACCCCCAGCCCAAACAGUUCGCCUCCAUGUUCAUUAAACGCAGACGCAAGCGUGAACUCCGUCUCGCGCGCCAGCGCCGCCAUUCCGAGGAACUACAGGAUCUCGCGCGAGAAGCCAGGUUCGAGGAAGGUCUACAGCGAGAGGCUGGUCCAGCCGCUGUUCCAACCGUCUUUGGAAGGGACGCCAGCGGCGAGUGGCAAGCCCCUCUCCGAACGACGCUGAAGGAGAUCGAGGUGUCGUUCUAUAGGGAUGAAGCCCGUCUCAAGGCGCCCAUCACACCGGAGAUCGUAGCCACCGCUGCGAAAGCGCGCGCGUUCAAGGUCGCGAAUUUCACCUAUCUGAAGGAGCAGCAGCGUAAAGGCCUCAUCAUCCCCUAUACCCUCAAACGGAUGCGCCAAGGACCCCCAGCCCACGUUCUGUGCAAGAUGACGGAGAAGCAGAAGGCGAUGGAUAGGCUCGUGAGGAUGCCGAGUGAGGGUGGGUAUACGGGCAGGAUGAAGAGGAAGAUAGGCGUGAAGCUGAAGAGCGGGGAUUUGUGGAGGGAAGAGGUGAAGGCCAGCGAGGAGGGAUUGGCGAGGGAGCGGGUAGUGAUGAAGGAGAACGAGCGACGUGCGAGGGAGUGCGCCGAUUUGGCUGGAGCCUAG